ACCGCAAGAACCAGCGACAAAACAGAAUCCCUUUCGCGGCGUGAACACCACCGCAGGCUAUACCUUAACACUAAUUUUCCUCAGAUUGCAGACAAAACUGGCCGUCCCCGACUGUAAUGUCACCCGUUCAGUAUUUUUAAGUAUUACUUAUUAAUACAAAUAGCAUGUCAGCAGUAGCUCGCAUUAAACAAACAGUGUGUUGACGGGAAAGUAUUUUAUUCCUGCGGACCUCGCAUCGCCUCCAGUAAGGGUAUCUAUUUCACCGACUCUACUGGGUUAUUAACCGAAACGAACGGUUCGCUUUGAAGCUGAGCUGAUUGGAGCUGUAUCGAAGGACUGACUGAGCGAUGACGCCGGCUUGAUUUAAUUGUUUUUCAAACCUUCCGGAUUUGUAUUGUGUGCGAGGGGCUCUGUGUGGAUGUGGGAUAAACAGUGCGACAGGCCGAACCAAACGUUGCGCGCCAAGCGGAAACACCUCACACAUCAGCCAGUAUUACCGCAUCGUUUCUUUUCCUCGAAAAAAGGCUCUUGCGGACGCCUAGAUGAAGUCCCUGGUUGCCUUGUGGUGUGUACUGCUAGUGGUAAAUGAGCUUGAACUAGCUGUAAACGCCGUAAGACGGACUCGCUAUCGGUCAAGAAAUAGGGUAAGGUGUGAACCAUACAAGGGAACAUUUUGCUCCAAGUACCUCAAGGGUAAAAAUGUCUACGUCAAGGACAGACAACAAAACGUCGAAAAUAAGGUGGCGACCCUGAUUGGUAUCCUUAACCGUCACGUGACGGACAGAUGUAAAGAAUACGUCAUCCCCACUUUGUGUAAUUACAUCAUUCCGCCUUGCGCCAAGGAUUCGAAGAAGCCUCGACCCAUUCGCUUCUGUAGAGAUGACUGUGAGGUCCUUCAGAACACAGUGUGCAAGCUGGAGUUUCACUACGCCAAGCAGAGGUUUGCAAAGAUGUUACCUGACUGUUCCGUGUUACCCGGCCCAGGCUCCCCCGAGUACAAGACUUGCAUCCGGGUAACUAUGAAAGCUGUUAGCUUCACUGCGAAGGUGGAGAAUAUCACCAUGAUUGCCGGGAUGCAGGUCACGCUCAAAUGCAGACUGAGCAGGAAGAAAAUACCAUUCAACAUCACGUGGCUAAAGAACGGCCAGCCAAUGACAUCUAAGUACAAAAUCCGCCGAUUCAAAUGGGGUUCAAGACUGCGAAUCAAGCGUGCGAGACAAGAGGAUGCUGGGAAUUACACAUGUGUCGUGCGAGCCAAUGGGCAAGAAGUGCGCGCUGCAGGCUGGCUAAGCAUUCUGGGAACGAGCUCUAGGCCCACUAUGAAAAAAGUGUACACUGCAAAGCCACCGACAUCUACAACAAAACCUACCAAGAAAGUUAAAGAAAAGUUUCCCCGCUGCGAGCCUUAUCGUGGCAAAGUGUGCGCGGAAUUCAUGUACGGCAGCCCCGUAUACGCUACUUCCCGCCAUCACCAGAGAAUCAUAGAAGGCAAACUUUCCGGAAUAAUAUCAACUCUGCGGCGUGCCAAACAUGUGAGCUCCAAGUGCCGUAAAUACUGGAUCCGUGCCAUCUGCUUUGAGGCCUUCCUGGCUUGUGACGUCAAAACGAGGACCAGGAAGCACCGUCUCUGUAAAAAGGAUUGCCUUUCCCUGUUCGAUGAUGUUUGCGCGGUAGAGCUACAGGUUGCAAAAGGUAGUCCCGCGAUGCGAGAUUUAUCUCUAUUGCCGAACUGCUCCGUAAUACCUGACGAAGGGACAACGGAUCACGGAUUCUGCUCUCCUUUAAAAAAAUUAGGUAAAAGUCAAACAAUCCCUACCCUUCCGACAACAUUCCCUACUUGCGAAGUUUACCGCGGCAACAUAUGCUCCGAGUUCCUCGCCGGAGAAACCAUCUACGCAGAUAACAAGUAUUUCCAGGGCAACAUCGAAUCCAAACUGUCGCAACCAUUAAAAGCGAUCAGGGCGAUCAGCUCUAUGAGCCCGCGAUGUCGACAAUACGGCAUUCGAGCGCUGUGCUACCAUUUCUUCCUAGCUUGUGAUCCGAAGACCGUUGAGCCAAAGUUUCGGCUUUGCAGGAAGGACUGCUUUGCUUUGUAUGAUGACGUUUGCUCAGUAGAGCUGAGUCUCGCUAAGAACGACCCUUACAUCAAGGGUCUGUUGCCUAACUGCUCAAAACUAUCACAAGACGAAGAUAAGGACCAGAAAUUCUGUUCUCCAUUAGGAAUCCCAGGUAAAGGUCAGCUCGUUCCAACAUCUCCAGAAACUUAUCCCGCUUGUGAAGCAUAUCAAGGCGAUACGUGCUCCGAGUUCCUGGCAGGAAAAAGUAUCUUCGCAGAGCAAAAGGAUUCUCAGAAAAAUAUGGAGGAUAAACUGUCGAGACCACUAACACAGAUCAGAGCCCUGGCCACCAUGAGCCCGCGAUGUCGACAGUACGGCAUUCGAGCGCUUUGCUAUCAUUUCUUCCUGACGUGUGAUCCGAAGACCGCUGAACCAAAAUAUCGACUUUGUAGAAAGGACUGCUUUGCUCUUUAUAACGACGUUUGUGCAGUUGAGCUUAGUCUAGCCAAGAGUGACCCCUAUAUAAAGGGUCUGCUACCGAACUGUUCAGAACUCUCCGAAGAAGGCACGAAGGAUGAAAGAUUCUGCUCACCUUUAGGAAUAGCAGAUUAUUCCGGGACUUCUGUUAUAAGCUAUGACUACCCCAAAAAGAUGAGCGUAGAGUAUUUGAACAGGAGUAAAGAUCAGUACUGCUAUAACGGCACCGGUGAAGACUACAUCGGCCGCCUGAACGUCACGAAGUACGGAAUGCCCUGUUUAUCCUGGAAAUCCAACGAUCCCGUGUACAAGCUGUCGCACAACUUCUGUCGUAACCCCCGUGGCCAGCACGAGGCCCCGUGGUGCUAUGUGGACAAAAAUACUUACGAGUACUGCGUCAUCCCUAAAUGCUCCGAAGCAACCUCUCAACGCGCUCUGCGCGAAUCACCCUCCUUGAUGCCCGUCGGUCGCACCAUCUACGUGAUCAGCGCGAUCAUGGCGGUCCUGAUAUUAGCAUUCGUGUCAAUCAUCGUUUACUUAAAGGUGCAGCACAGACGCAGCACCCUUCCGAACAGGGACCACUCAUCAUCAGGGUCCAUAUCUAAGAGCACACAGAGCACCUUGCAGCAACCAAGCAGUGACUUCAAGCAGAGCCUCGUGGACGUCAAGUCAUGCGUCUUCACCGAGAUCGACGAUGCGAACCAAGGCAAAGUGAAAUUUCUUGAGCUCCUCGGAGAAGGUGGCUUCGCGAAAGUCUGCAAAGCCGCGCUAAUGCGCAACGAGACCGAAUAUACCGAUGUGCGUCUGGCGAUCAAGCGGCUCAAACCGAACGUACCUCCACAAGUCGUGGAGAACUUUAAAAAUGAGAUCAGCGUGCUUAUGGGCCUACAGGACAUCAACGUCCUGUGCUUAGUGGGUGUGUCUGCAGGGGAGGAGCCCCUCUUUAUGGUCUUUGAGUAUUUUGAGGAUAUGGAUAUGCACAGGUACCUCAACCUUCACAUCCCGUCACCCGCACAACUUCAGGACGAUCUGCGGGAUGACUGCAUGCACGACCCGGACGAGGUCUUGUUCUUGGACUUUGCGCUUCAAGUUGCUUCUGGUAUGGCUUACUUAGCCGAAAAUAACUUCAUUCAUAGAGAUCUUGCGGCGAGGAACUGCUUUAUCACGGAGGACAAUAUAGUGAAGAUCUCCAACCUGGGGAUCGGGAGCUGUAGAUACCCGGCAGAUUAUUCCUGGGUACACGGCAGUUCUCUUCUACCUGUGCGCUGGAUGCCACCGGAAGCGUUAAACUCGCUACACUUCACGCAUCGUAGCGACGUGUGGUCAUUUGGUGUGGUCCUCUGGGAAAUAUACAGCUACGGUCGCCAGCCGUAUUCCGGGUAUAACAACCAGGAAGCCAUUGAGUGUAUCCGAAACAUGCAAAUGCUUCCCUGUCCGGAUGGUUGUCCGGCCCGGAUGUAUGCACUUAUGAAGGGUUGCUUCGAGGAGAGUUCAUGGGACAGGCCGCAAUUUUCGGACAUUUGUUCUCAGCUGAGAGGAUGGGCAGGUGAUUCAAUAGGGGAAAAUCACUAGUCCAAGGGACAGGGACUCGAGAAAGUCCAACCGUGCCAUGUCGAUGAGGUGCUGCCUGUUUGCAGAGAGAGUUCGUAAUGAGUUGCGUUACCUUAUUGAAGUGUUAACCAUGUGGUGUAAAUAAGGCAAGAUUAAAACAUCCGCUAAAUGGAUCAGCUCAUGUAAAGAAAACAUGCCAAGAACUUUGCCAACAAUCAUGGGUCUCUCAGCAUAAAGGCUUUGCCUUAAUAGCCUUCAUAGUGGCUUAUUCCGUGGCCUUAGCUGAAGGAACACAUUCAAACCUUAAGAACAGCGCCGUAGCAGGGGGUGGGGCCCUGGGGCACAUGUGCCCUCCAAUAUUAAAAAAUAUAUAUAUAAGGAAAUGAUCAGGAAGGGCGUGGCUGUGCCCCCAAUAUUUUCUGUUUCUAUAUUAUGCCACCCCCCCCCCCCCCCCCAAUCUUACGUGUCCUGCUACGGCCCUGAAGAACAAAACAAUACUGACUCAAUAAUGGAGCAGUUAUAAUUAUGAACAAAAACUAUGAGAAGUAGUGUGUCCAUGGACUGUUUAUUUUUAUACAGAACACUUGAAGUGGUCUUCGUCGUAUAAGUUGUUGGAGACUGUGAGAGUUGUUUUGUGUUGUACAGCAUAUCAACCAAUUUAAUAUUUAAUUUAGGAGUCUAGACAUGUAAAUCUUAUACAUAGUAGCCCUAGAAACCUUGUCAGGAAGUGUAAAAAGAAAACAAACUUGAACGAUU